AUGAGCGUGGAGCAGCGCGCCGAGUUCCUCCCUCGCACGCUAUUUCUACCUCCCCCCCUUGAAUCGCGCUCGUCCUUCUCACUCUCCCCCUAUCUCUCAUUCACGUCGCAGGUGAGACGACACCUCCAGUCGGGGGCGAGCGUGGUGCUGGAUCGCUGCAACAUGAGCGUGGAGCAGCGCGCCGAGUUCCUCGCGCUCUCGCGCGCCUGCAACGUGCAGUCGCACGUGCUCGUGUUUGAACUUCCUGUGGCGCUGGUAGUGCAGCGCGCGGUCAACCGAGUCAACCACGAGGGCGGCGUGCAGGGUCCCAGGGCUGCGGGCAUCAUACGGCACCAGAUGAAGAUGCGCGAGCCGCCGGCUGCGACCGAGGGCUUUCAGCGCGUCACUGUGUGCCGCACCGACGCCCAUGUCGACCAGGCGCUCUCCUUCUACCGCGCGCUCUGCCCUUCCGCUUUCACUUCUGCCAGUGGUGGUGGUGGUGCUGAGGGUUCUGGCGUGGUGGGGCUGCAAGGGGCGGGCGGAGGAAACCUGGAGGUGCGGGGGAUGCAGCAGAGGCACGGGGGAGAGGAGCUAGACGCGCGGGUACGGGAGAUGCAUCUGGGGCACUGGAGAGCGGGGGAAGAUGCGCAAGCGCAGGGACAGGGAGCAGAGGGGGCAGAGGGAGCGAGGCAGGGAGGUCGGGAGGGCCCAGGGCGUGUAUGGUGGCAAGGGCGUGCGGAGAACCAGCGGGGUGCAGGCAUCUUGGACGGGCGGGAGGAGGGCCCUGUGGAUGGGCGGGGGGAGGGUUGCGCGGAUGGGCGGAUGGAGGGUUGCGCGGAUGGGCGGAUGGAGGGUUGCGCGGAUGGGCAGGGGGAUAGCCGAAGAGAGGGGGGUGAAUGGCGACAUGUGCAGGCACGUGGGAGUGUGGAGGGCUUGUAUGGGUUGAGGCAAGACGGAUGUGAGCAGAUUGCUCCUGCUGCUAACGAGGGGGCUGAGAAGAACGAUGGUCGACAAAGAGGAGGAGAGGGAGAAGGCAAGGAGGGUGAGCAGGAGCAGCAGAGACAGGAGCGCAGAGGGCACUGGAAGGUGCACGGAAACCGGGGGGAGGAGAGGGGCGAUGAGCAAGAGGAGGAGGAGCAGCAACCUCCGCAGCAGAAAGAACAGCAACAAGCGCAGCAGCAGGAGGCAGCAGCGCGGUGGGUACUGGCGUUUCCGUCCAUCUCAACGGCUGAUUUCAAGUUUGACAGGGAGAGGGCGGCUGCAGUGGUGCUAGACUGCGUCACUGAGUUCCUCUGGCGCAACGGGGGCAGCAGCCACGGCAGCACCACUGCCAGGAGUGCGGGCGAGGGCAGAGUGGGUGGGGAGGGUGGUGAGGGUGGUGGGGGUGGUGUGGGUGGUGUGGAUGGUGUGGGUGGUGGUGUGGGUGGUGAGGGUGGUGUGGGAGGUGAAGGUGGUGUGGUGGGAGAAGGAGGAAGGGAAGGGAGCAGGUUUGAAGGGAUGGUUACAAGUGGUGGCGGUGCUGCCGCCGCCGCUGCUGACGAUGGUGGUGGUGGUGUGGUUGUUGGUGUGGGCGCUUAUGUUAGUGCUGCCAGUGUUGCUACUGCCGCUGCUUCUGCUGCUGCUGCUGCUGCAGCUGCUGCUAACAGACAAAGAUCGCCGGCUGGCGGCAACACAUCGUCUACAGUGUCUGACUCCCCGCCCAAGCAAGAGACGCUUGAGCGCCAGCCAAUCCUGGACCUGGUAUUGGUGGAUCUCUCCCCCUCCUCUGACAUGCUGAGGCGAGUGAAGCGCCUGGCUCGCCAAAGGGGGCUGCCAUUCGUUGAAUCUGGACGGCUUAGGCGAGGAGUGGAUGGGAGGGGCGAAAGGGAGGAUGAAGGGAGAGUCGGCGUGGCAAGAGGAGGGCCAGUCGAGGGUCGAACAGGAGAGGCUGCCCCUGCUACAGCUGCCCCUGCAGCAGCUGCUGUCACUGCUGCUGCUGCCACCACUGCUGCUGCUGCAGCCACUACCGCUGCUCUUCCUGUUGCUGCUGCUGCGGGUGGGGGCAAGGGUGCUACUGGCACCGGGGCCGGCGACGUGUGUGAUGGCACUGGUGCUGGAGAGAGGGGUAGAGAGGGAAGGAGGGCGGGCAGAGGUACUGACAGGGACACGUGGGAUGACAGCACACGUGGCAGAUUCAUCCUGCAUGCUGGGGAUAUAACGAAGAUGAGGUCGGAUGGCAGGAUGGAAUGCCACGUCAUCGCAAACUCGGCCAACUGCCGUCUGUUACCAGGUGGGGGCGGAGUGAAUGCAGCCAUCCACAGUGCUGCCGGCCCAAGCCUCAUUGAGGCUACACGACGGAAGUGGCAGCAGCAGCAGCAGCAGCAGCAGCAGCAGCAGCAGCAGCAGCAGCAGCAGCAGCAGCAGCAGCAGCAGAGGCAGCAGAGGCAACAGAAUGAGACCCAGCAGCAGCAGACAGGGAUGCAGGAGAAGCAGGAUCGCCUUGGGCAGCAGCAACUUCAGGAUCAGCAGACGCAGCAGCAGCAGCAGCAUGGGGAGCAUGAGGGGCAAGGGCAAUACCAGGCGCAGCAGAAACCAAGCUCUGUUCUCUCCGCGCCCCUCCCCAUCUCCUCCCCUCUGCGCGUGCGUGAGGGGGUAAGGCACGUGGUGAACGUGGUGGGACCCAAUAUGAACCCCCGCCGCCCCAACUGCCUGGACGGUGACUAUAACGAGGGGGAGAGGCUGCUCAGGUCCGCGUAUGGGGCGCUCUUUAGAGAGUUCCGCCUGCUGGCCAAGGGGGGAGAGGAGGGGCGCGCAGAGAGGGGGGGCGGAGGGGAGGAGGGAGUGGGGAGAGUGGGGGCGAGGGAGAGGGGUGGAGAGGGGGAGAGAGGGGUGGAGAUGGGUGGGGAAGGGCGAGGAGGUUGGAGGGGUGUGGGAGGAGGUCUGGUUGGGAAAGGGGUAUUGGAUGGAGCAGCAGAGGGUGCGACAGGGGAAGAAGGGCGGAUGGUGAGGCGGGUUGAGGAGGCACGAGAUGGGCUUGCAGGGACGAAGGUUAGAGAGUCGGUGGGAGGAGAAGAGAGAGGAAGGCAGGAGAGAGACAAGGGUGGGUCGUGGGAGGGUGGGGCAGGUGGCGGAGUGGGGAUGAGGAGAAGGGGGAGUGGUGCUGGGGGUGAUUAUGGAAAGGGGAAGAGGAAAGCUCGUGAGGGUGAGGGUGAGAGGGACGAGGUCGACAAGACGAGAGCAGUGGGAGCGGGGAGUAAGAGGAGAAGGGGCGAGGAGGGGGGGGGGUGA